GGUUGGGUGCGCUCGAUAUGCCACCCUGUACCGCCCUCCCCACGCGAGCAGGCGCUGCCAUGACAGCUGUGGCCUCGGGCGACACAGUAACCAUCUAACAAAUAUCAGCGAGUCUGUAGCUGCGCUGCUCGGCUCGGUGGGAUCGAACCAGGGACCGGUAGAGGGGGACACUGUUACAGAGCGAGUCUAAAAACAGGAGAGGGGAGCCGAGCGGAGCGGCGCAGCACCAAAAUGGCAACCCCCUAUGUGACAGAUGAAUCUGGAAAAUACAUCGCUGCCACUCAGAGGCCAGACGGGACCUGGAGGAAGCCCAGGAGGGUGAAGGACGGCUACGUUCCUCAGGAAGAAGUCCCGGUGUAUGAGAAUAAGUAUGUCAAGUUUUUCAAGAGCAAGCCAGAUCUUCCUCCCGGGCUCAGCCCGGCCGAGGCCGCGCCGCCGAGUCAGCAGCAGAAGAUCCCCGGCUGCGGCAGCGAGAGCGACACGGCCGGCCUCUCCAAGUCCGCCAAGCGCAACAUGAAACGCAAAGAGAAGCGGAAACAGCAGCAGCAGCAGGGCCAGGACGGAGACGCCGACGUGGAGUCGGUGAGCGACGCCGUGGAGAACGUGUCCAUUUCAGAGGCGGCGAGCAAGACGGAGGCUCCCGCCCCAUCUGCCGACGACCCCUCGGCGGCGGCGGCGGCCGAAAAGUCCAAGAAGAUUAAAAACCUCAAAAAGAAGCUGCGGCAAGUGGAGGACCUGCAGCAGAAAGUGGACUCGGGGGAGAUAAAGCAGCCGACGAAGGACCAGCUGGAGAAGCUGGGCCGGGCCAAAGCCCUGCAGGAGGAGCUGCGGCAGCUGGAGCUGGAGUCAUGAAGCAAUAACACACCCAUCGCUCAGAACACACACACACACACACACACACGGGAGCGGACAUCUGCAGCUUCGUGACCCAUCAAACACGCUCCGCUCAUUUAGUAUUCAGCAGAAACUCCCGGAGCGGGCGCAGUCGGACUCGGCAGGAACCACAGCUUCUGUCUUCUAGAUUCAGAUCGCAAACGUUGUGACGCCGCCAGCCAGCCAGCCAUUUCUAGAUACACUUUUAACUCGAUCAUCGUGACCCGUUUUGUGCUUGUUCCCUUUUUUUUUGUUUUGUAUCAUGAGGAUUCACUUUGUGUGACAGAGCGUUUAGACUUCUAUUAAAAUACACUCAUCUCUUCACCUCCUGUUACUGUACAGUUGAACUUUCUCACUGUGGAUGGGUUGGACAGAGGGACAUUUUUUUAACUAAAAUAAAGAGGAAAAAAAAAAGACAUUUUACAAAGCGUUUUUAAGCUGCUGAUUAGAAGACGAGGCAGGCGAUGAUCUGUACUUCAGUUUUUGUGAACAAAGCUCAUGUAAAAAAAAAAAGAAGAAUCAACAAGUAUAACCUGUGUAGAUGAAGCCUAUUAGAGUUUCCUCUUCUGUGCCAUGGAG